GUAGCUAAAUAGUGAUCAAAUAACGAUUAAUUUUUGGUCAUUGAGCUUUUUAUUAAAUAAAAAUAUUAUUUUAUUUAUAUAGUAGCAGAAUGAUCGCUGAUUGGUUGUUAUAUAGUAAUCUAGUCGCUAAUUUUGGUGGCAAUUUUACAGUUAUUUUGUAGUGAGAAGAUUUGAGGACAUAUUAAAUGAUUUCAUCAAAUUACACAUCACAGCUUUAUAGAUAUUAGACUUUGUUCAGCUAGUAUUAGUAGCCUAGAAUUUAAAAAGGUCAAGCAAAGAGUAAUCAAGAAAGGAGUAGAAAGCAAACAAGUGGCGGUAGGAUCGUCUAUAGCAAGAAGGGUCAAACUUUUUAGAGCAGCCAUCUCUUUGAAGUUCCUUCUUGAAAAGUGGAUCUCAAAAUAGGCCUUAGGUUCUAUCGCUGGUGCUCUAGCCCUUUCCACUAAAAGGUUUAGUCCUAUAGAAAUAUAAAUAUUGUGGUAGACGGUUUAGUUUAAAAUUAAAAUGAGUUUAAAAAAAUUAAAAAAUAAAAUUUAAUUAAAAAUUAAAAUCAAAUUGAAUUAUAUAUAUAACUGAACUAAAUUAAAUCAGAAUAAUUGGAUUUAGUCUAGUUUACAUAGUCAAUUCUUUUACUUUCAAAUUAUAGAUAUAUACAAAUCACAAUCUCUAUGCCUCCUAUAUCAACAAAAUUAAAAAUAAAUUUAGUUAAUAGAUUUAAAUGAAAAAUCGCAAUUAUCCAAAUCAACUAUCAAAAUCAAUAUAAAUGUUAAAGAAAAUAAAUUAUAAAAAUAGAAGAAAACAAAAAAUCAUCCAAAUAAAAGAUCAACAUUACAUGUUCAAAAAAUGAAUUGAAGAAAAAAACAGAAAUGGAGUUGUGGCAUGCGGGGUUGAUGCUGCGAUGAUGUAGGGCUGCGACUUUAUUGUGACUCUAGUAUUAUGAGCACUGCUAUGGUGGUGGUGCCAUUAAUUGCUGUGUUGGGCUUCAGUGAACGAGAGAGUAACAUGGACAAAAGGAGACUGGAAGAUUAAGAGGGGCAAGAAAUCAAGACGAGGUAGAAAAUAAAAAUAAAGAAGAUACAAAAUAAAAGAAGAUGAUAAGAGAGAGAAGAAGGUGAGCGGCCAUGUGAGAAGGAGAUCUAAAAGAUAGGGUCUUGGAAAAGAAUGUUUAUAUAUUCGAGAUUGAAUGGCUGAGAUUAUUUCAAGAAGAUGAAGGGCUAAGAUUAAGUUAAAUGUUUAGAGAAAAAAAAAAGUAAAGGAAAGAAAAAGUAAAUAAAGGAAGAAAAGAGAGAGGACUCAAAGCCAAAAGAUUCAGGUCCUUUAAGAUGAGUACUGCCUCCAAGCUAUAACUAAGGAUGAAGUCUUAUUUUACUUUUAAAAGCAAUUUAUAUUGGUUCAGUUGAGUUUAUCAAAAAUUUUAUUUUUAAAAAUUGAACUGAAUCCUAUAAAUUAGAAUUAAUAAUUAAAAUAAAAUCUAAUGAUUUUUAAAAAAUAAACUAAAAUUUUAAAUUAUUUGUAUUUUUUCAUUUGAACUUGCUUACCUAUAUAUAGAAAACUGUAGGAAGCUCACUAAGGCCUAUUUUAGGUGUGGAACCACAAAACCUCUUCAAAGAGAUUUUCCCAAAUUAGGGAAUGUAGUACCACCUACAACUCAAACAUGGCCUCCAAACACAGGUAGAGGCGGAAGGGAGAGUAAAAGGAACCAGUAGACUAAAGUUAAAGAGUCGUAUAUGAGACGACCAGAGACACCUAGAGGAAGAAGGAGCAUCCCAUCUUCUAAAUGUAUGAGACAGUCGUAUAUGACUGUUUUGAUGUUUAUAUAUAUACUAAACUAUUCCCCUGCCCAGAGCCCACCCUAAAGACUAAGCUCUCUUUUCUCUUCCGUAGUCCACCCUCUCAUCUUCUCGUUCUCAACUUUGUCGCAUCCCAUCGCUGUCGCUCAUGCUCAUCCCGUAACCAUCGCCGUCGCUUCUUCUCUUCCCCUAUCGCCAUCAUCGUCGUUUAUGCUUGCUCCCAUCGCUGUCGCUUGUCUGCCGGUCAUAGCCAUCGAUAGUCUGCUACUUCGUCGUCGCAACAGCAGCUCCUCGCCGCUCGGUCUGUCCAUCGUCCCUCAACCUUCCAUGAGCAAUAGAGACUUGAUUUGGGGUUUCUCAGAGAUGUCCCCCCUUCACCCAAUUGCUGGAGACAUUUGUUGAAGUGGUCAGAAAAGAAAAACUGCAGCUACUCCGCAGGUUUUGAUGGGCUGUUUCUUGAGCAAGAGCAAUGCGCAGGCAGAUCGCCUCAAAGAUAAUACAGCACCGUUGCCUCAGCAGUCAUUGGUUACAGAUCCGGCUGAAUAUAGACCAUAUUCUGAUAAGAAUGGAAGUCGUGAUGCACCAGCAACUUCUGAGAAUGCUCCAAGAUAUGCACCAGCAGCCUCGGAGAUUGCUCAAUCAUAUGGAUUUAAGAGAUACGAAUACAAAAAACUAGCAAUCGCAACAAAUUAUUUCUCCAAUAAAUGCAGCAUUGGCGAGGGUGGUUUUGGGAUAGUCUAUAAGGCAUUCUUAGAUGAUGAUGAUGUUGCUAUAAAGAAACUUAAAAUAAUAAAGCUGGAGAAUAAAUUGGAGGAGAUCGAGUACCUUAGCGUUGUGCGCCAUCCAAAUAUCGUUAAGAUGAUUGGAUACUGCAGUGAAGGAGAUGAUAGAUUGCUUGUUUUAGAGUUUGUUCCCAACAAGUCUUUGAGACAUCAUCUACAUGAUGAAGACAAGUUUUUGGAAUGGCCGAAAAGAAUAAAAAUCGCAAUAAACUCUGCCAGAGGAUUGCUUUAUCUGCAUGAAGAAUGUAAACCUAAAAUUAUACAUCGAGAUAUUAAAGCAGAUAAUAUUCUUCUUAAUGAUAAUUUUGAACCAAAGAUUGCAGAUUUUUCACUGGCGAAUUUUUUGCCUGAUACGGGUAAUAUUAACCAUAUCAGCAGCAUACUGAGGGGAACCAACAUUUAUGCAGAUCCAGAAUAUGGCGAUAAACAAAGAGUGUCAGAAAAAUCAGAUGUCUAUUCUUUUGGCGUUGUACUCCUAGAGCUGAUUACCGGAAGAGAACUUUCAGAUGAACAAGGCAAUACUAUUGUUAAUUGGGCUAGAUCUCAGAUUGGACAAGCUUUGGACAACGAUGAUUAUACCGAUCUUGUCGAUUCAAAAUUGGAAGAUAUGUAUAACAAGAAAGAAAUGAUAAGAAUGAUUUACUGUGCAGCAGCUUCGGUAUAUAAACCUUCGUACUCUCGUCCAACAAUGAAACAGAUAAUUGGAGUUCUUGAAGGAACUAUUUCGCAUGAGAAGAUAAUAGACAGGAAAGACAUUGAAACUAUACAGGGAAGGCCUACUACUAGUCUAGAAUCUCUACUUGGCAUUGAGAGGGCACAAAUUUUUUCGCCGAGAAUGUUUUCUUUUGAAGAACUAGCAAUUGCAACUCAAUUUUUCUCCAACAAUUGCAUGCUUCGCGAUGAUAAUUAUGCUAGAGUUUACAGGGGGGAACUCGAUGGAAUGGCUGUUGCCAUUAACAAGCUUUAUCUUUGGGAGGGUGAACAGAUGGAAGUUGAACAAAUGGUUAAUCCCAUCAAUCACAAUUACCAAUAUCUAAACAAGCUGAUUGGAUAUUGCGAUGAAGAAUAUGAUAAAUUUAUUGUUUAUGAGUUUGUUCCUAACAAGUCAUUGAGAUUUCAUUUACAUGAUGCAGGACACAAGAAAACAAUCGAUUGGUCUAGAAGAAAGAAAAUUGCCAUAGGCUGUGCGAAAGGAUUGGCAUAUUUGCAUGAAUUUUGUACUCCUAUGGUCAUACAUGGAAAUAUCACUUCUCAUAAUAUUCUUCUUGACAAUAACUUUGAACCAAAGAUUUCAGGUUUUGAACUUGGCCAAGUACUUUCAAAUUUUGUUGCCCGUAUUUCUACUAAGGCAAUGGAAAACCGUGGGCCUGAGAUUCUCAAAGAUGGCAAGAUCAGUGAAAAAGCUGAUGUCUUUUCCUUGGGUAUGGUUCUUCAUGAAUUGAUUAGCGGAAAACCAGGGAAGGCAACUUUUCCAUGGACUUGGUUGGUUGGUUAUCUGGCUCCUGAGUUUCUCAAAGAUGGCAAGAUCAGUGAAAAAGUUGAUGUCUUUUCCUUCGGUGUGGUUCUUCUAGAAUUGAUUACUGGAAAACCAUCUGUAAUAAGGGAAGGCAAUUUUUCCAUGAACUUAGUUGCUUGGGUGGCACCUCAACUCGCAGAAGCUUUUAAUACACAUAAUUACAACAGUAUUAUUGAUGUCAAAUUGCAGAACAAUUGUGAAAUAAUUGAAAUGAUUCAAAUGAUUCAUUGUGCUGCAGCUUGUGUAUACAAACCUGCGAAAACUCGUCCAAAAUUAAGUCAGAUUGUUGAAGUCUUACAAGGGAAUAUGAAAUCAGAAAGUAUAUGGAUACACAGUGACAACACUUACCUUAAGGAUGGGCCACAAUAUUAAGUGCAUAACAAGUUAAUAUAAGGAUGCAAAUGAUCUGCAAACGAAGAUGAUCAAGUCUCCUUAGCCUUGGCUGCGAUUAAUAUAUUCAACUAUUUGUUCCUGUUUCCCAUAUGUUGAUACUAUUAUCAAGUCUUACUAUGCUCUUAUCUCUCUUCAAUUUUCUCAACUGAGAAUACUAUUGAUUUGUUGCUAAGCUUCGGCAUUUGUAUUUGCCUCAAGUUUCUGAUAUUCUCUCUCAUGGAAAUUUAAGUUGGCUAAGAGAGGAUGAGGUGUACUAAGUAUAUGUUUGGGUAUAAGAAUAUAUUUGUCAUAAGGGAUUCUAAUUCGGAUGGUGGUUUGGCUUGUU